GAAGAGAAACAAAACAACAAAACGAAAAAGACCGUCUCGCUGGGAAGCAAGCAGAAGAAGCCGCAGCCACAAGCCCCAACAGCGCCACAGCCCACGUUGGCGAAGAGGGCGGAAGAAAGGGAAGCAACAAUUCCAUGUGCCCACAUGGCUUCCUGCAGCUGUACUCUUCUUCAUCACCAUUUCUCCUCCUCCUCCUCCUGAGAGCCCAUCCCUAAUUUCAUCCCCAUUUCUCUCCCUCCCUUUGUUCUCUUCCCUGAUCUCCUUUCUUCCUCUCCUGUGAUUUCUGCGAUACCCACAAGAAAAAGAUCAAAUUUUUACGACAAGAUGAAGGAGGGCAACGAUGGGUUUGUCCGCGCGGAUCAGAUUGAUCUCAAGAGCCUUGACGAGCAACUUGAGCGCCAUCUCAGUAGGGUUUGGACUAUGGACAAGAACAAGCGAUCUGAAGAUUCCAAUCUUCCUCCAUCUGCUGCUGGUGCUGCUGUUCCAACUACUACUACUUCCCUCCACGCUUCAAAACCUACUUCCAUGGCCGCCGCUACCGCCGUCACCGCCGCCUUGACUAAGGACAGGCGGGAAUGGGAGAUCGACCCUUCUAACCUUGUUAUCAAGGGUGUCAUUGCUCGUGGUACCUUUGGGACAGUCCACCGUGGUGUCUACGAUGGCCUCGAUGUCGCCGUUAAGCUGCUUGACUGGGGUGAAGAGGGACAUAGGACAGAAGCUGAGAUUGCCUCACUAAGAGCUGAUUUCACACAAGAAGUUGCUGUUUGGCACAAGCUUGAUCAUCCUAAUGUAACUAAGUUCAUAGGUGCAACAAUGGGCUCAUCAGAUUUGCAUAUACAAACCGAGAACGGUCAAAUUAACAUGCCUAAGAACAUAUGCUGUGUUGUUGUGGAAUAUCUUCCUGGAGGUGCACUGAAAUCUUACCUUAUAAAGAAUCGCAGACGGAAGUUAGCUUUUAAAGUAGUUGUCCAGCUGGCGCUUGAUAUGGCUAGAGGGUUAAGUUACCUUCAUUCACAGAAGAUAGUUCACAGAGAUGUGAAGACAGAAAACAUGUUACUGGAUAAGACACGCACUGUGAAGAUUGCAGAUUUCGGGGUAGCUCGUGUCGAGGCUUCAAACCCUAAUGAUAUGACUGGGGAGACAGGGACACUCGGAUAUAUGGCUCCUGAGGUUCUGAAUGGAAAUCCGUACAACAGAAAAUGUGACGUGUAUAGUUUUGGUAUAUGUUUAUGGGAGAUCUAUUGUUGCGACAUGCCCUACCCCGACCUUAGUUUCUCGGAAGUGACCUCAGCUGUUGUCCGCCAGAAUCUGAGACCCGAGAUACCAAGAUGUUGCCCGGGCGCUCUAGCAAACAUAAUGAAGCGAUGUUGGGACGCCAACCCUGACAAGCGGCCAGAGAUGGACGAGGUUGUGUCAUUGUUGGAGGCUGUUGACACAACAAAAGGGGGUGGCAUGAUCCCUCCCGACCAACAAGGCGGUUGCCUCUGCUUCCGCAGAACCCGAGGCCCUUGAAUCCCUCCCCGCUGCUUAUGAAGCUGUUGCUGUAUGUAGUAAAUGGUAAAGAUCAUGGUAAUGGUUGAUUUAUGGGGACACAUACUAGGGGGGUUGAGGAGGAGAUGCAGUAGAUCUUUACUUUAUUACAUGUAAAGCUUUUCAUUCCUCUAAUCUCUUCCUGCUGCUUUUCUUCUUAGUUUGGGGUAGCCAUUUUUUUAAGGAGGGUAUGGCUGAUAUAUGUCUUCUUCCUGCCAUAUAUAUAUGAUGAUGAACUCAUUUGUGUAGCAUGCCCUCCGAGUCCUUAGGUCACUGCUAAACUCUUUAGUAUUAUGGGAAAAGUUUAGUGGUUUAUGUACCUGGAACUGAUCAGAGAUUGAGUCCUGUAGUUGAUUAAAUACUGUUUUAGAUGUUUGAUUCUGUAAGUCACAAUCAAGAACGAUUUGCUGUUGUAUGUGUCACUUCAUUGUGUGGUAGAUCAGGUGGAUGUGUGUAUU